UUUAAAUUUUCAGCUGACCAACUAAAGAGGCAUAAAAAGGUUUUUUCUGGAUGGAUUAACCUACAACUUGCAAAAGUAAGAAUAUGGCUAAUUUCACGAAAAUACCCACUAUAAUUUGGUGAAUUUUCCACUUUUUAAUGCAUUGAACUUAUCAUCGUCAUUGUAAUUAUAAUCAUCAUCGUCUUCUGUUGUCGUCUUCGUUAUUGUCGUUGUUAUUAUCAUAAUCAUUAUCAAAUGGAACGAGCUAGAAAUUGGUAUUUAUUUAGAUCUCAGUAAAGUGGGCACUAAUGAAAUGAAAAAAUUUGAUCGCUUAAGUUUGACUGAUCUGAAAUCUUUUAGCAACUGCUGCCUUUGCAGUUGAUAUCUGAUGAAUUAUUGCACAUUUUUAUUCUUGAAUUUUUAGACCAUGGAUUACUUGUUAACCAGCUAAUCAAGCUACCGUAAACGCCACGUUAAAUAAAGUGUUAUCUUAUCGUACUUUACUUUAAGUCAGCUCGUGCAUAUUUUAUUAACCCAGUUCUGGGGCAUUGUUGUUCUUGCUGUUUCCAACAGGUGAAACCUCCAGCUAAAGUUACUGAUCUGACUAGGGACUUAAGAGAUGGGCAAAUACUCCUUACUCUUAUGGAAGUACUUUUUGGAAUUAAAGUCACCAGAGCUGAACCAACGUCCAAACGGAUCAACCAGAUAAAAAACGUCGAAGAGGCCAUGAGUAUUCUUCUGCAAAACAAUAUAUGUAAACCAGACUCAGAUAUAGUAACUACAAAAGGCUACAGAAAGGCAACUACCCUGGUAAGAAGAGAAAUGUUACUGCAAUUCGUGGCAUCCAUUUUGGAAUCACUAGUGAUCCAUGCAAUCUGAUUGGCUUUUAGUAGUGUAAUUUACCCACGAAUCAUACUAUUUUUGCUCUACAUCACAUUUUCUUCUAAACUGCACAAUUCAUGUUCAAAAUCGCAUCAUGGUCUUUCUAAAUCGCAUCAUUUUUGUUCUCAAUCACAUCAUUUUUGCUCUAAAUCGCAUCAUUUCUGUUUUGAAUAAAAAGUGAGAUGUAAACUAAGCGUUCCCGAUUAACUUCUCUACGAACCGGCUACUAGAUUAAUAAAAAUAUUGGUACCGCUCAAUUUUGCGCUCUCAAAUUGGUUAUAAUAGGCGUUAUUUUAAACCGAAUUCGCGCUCUGCACCAAUCACUCGUAUGAUUUCACACCAAAUUGCACUCUGCUCAGUUACCGCAAUUCACGUUCGCAGAGCACCAUCCUAAAUUUGUACCCAGAAAAAAAAUCGAGUUUUUCGCGACGGACUUCCAAAUAGCCUGGCCUCUUGAAAGAACGUAGCCGUCCUGGGUACGAACGAUACAAUACACAUGACUUAUUUUUCGACCAAUACGAGAUGACUGUUGGUCCACAUGACUUUAUCAGUAACACAAAAAGGAAACUUUCAGAGUGUUUCUUGAUCUGUUUGCCUUUUACGAUCGAUUCAAGGUUUCCCUGAUGCUAGCGACGGCGAGAAAAUCAAGUUUUAACGCGAACAUAGGUGAAUUCUGUUCUGGUAUUUUUACCUUUUACUUGGAUACAUUUUGAAUCCAGCCAUAUGCGAUUAUAAAGUGAAAAUUUUUGGUGUACACGGCGUACAAGAAAUGUCCUUUCGACUUUCGACUUCCGUUUAGUUAUUUUAACAAAUAAAGUUCCAUGAAUUAAAGUGUGGAUCUUUCAACUUUGAGUCACAUAAAAACCGCAUGCAGCGUUCAGGUCAAAUAAUUAUUAAUCGAGCCUUUCCCGGUAGCACUGUACUUUAUUUUUUUUUAAGUAAUGAUUUAGAAAGUUAUAAAAAAGAAGCUUAUAUCCAUCCGAAUGAUUUCAUUAGAGAGCUUAAGCAGAGUCAAAGAAAUUAAAGCAACUUUUAACGAGCAAAACAUUACCCUGCACGUGCAUGAUGCACGCUUUUCUGUCGGUUUUUUUUUUGCGUCGCUGCAUGACUAAAAAUAUGAAACAAAUGAAAUUAUCCAAUUACUGCUAGUACAUCUACAUCCUGCAGCUGAAGAAAAAACAAAAUGUACAUGUAUCGUUUGUUUUUUAACGUUAUGUAAAUCAUUACUAUCAUCAUCAACUAUCUUUUUUUUACUCCUUGGACGCUAACUCUUCAAUAGAAUCCUGUAAAAAUCUAUGGUCUGCCCAGAAAUUACACGCCCAUUGAAUAGAUGGCCAAGUCUUCUCUUCUCCGAGGGGAUUUCCUGUUAACAUUUGGUCGAUUUAGUACCAUAUUGACCCAAGCUCUACUUCAACUUUAUAAACCUUUUUCACGUGAGCCUGGCCAUGAUGGUGUCCCAGGCCAGUCCUGUGGGAGUUAGCCUCUUUUCUUGCGUAAUCGCUUUCUUUUGGUCUAGUGGUCAAAAAGCUUUUAUUAUUUAUAGUUGUUAGCUAUUCCUAUUAGUAGAGUACGCAUGUACUGAGUUGAAAUUUUGUGUUAUUUUUAGAUCAAACCAUUUGGUGUAAUCCCAAGUGAGAUCACAGCCGGUGAUGAAAAAGCUAUUUUAUCUUUGCUCUGGCAAAUCAUCCGCUGGCGUCAGGUAUAAAAUUACUUGAAUCUGUAUCUUUAAAAAUAGCUUUACUGUCUAAAAAAACUCUUUUCUUGGCCUCCAAAUUGCUUCUCAAGUCUGAAUACCUCUCUGACUGGUCUUGUUUACUUCGCUGUAAGGGAAUCCAGAUUCCAGAAUCGGGGAAAUUUUUGCUUGUGGAAUCCUGAAUACUGGUACUUUGAAUCUGGAACCUACAACCUGGAAUCAAGAAUUCAAGACUGUCUUGGAUUCCCUUACAUGAGGAUCCCUACUGAUAAAGACCGCUUCAAUCUUUAUCUGCUGUUCUUUAAUUACCUAAUGUUUUCUAUCAAGAUAACAGAGGUGAUAAAACCAGACCCUAUGGAUUAUGAUGAAGACAAGAAGUUGAUAACUUGGUGUCAGGAACGUAUCAAGGGGUUUGUACAGAGCUUCUAUAUCACUUUAACUGUAUCUAGUCAUUUGAAGUAUAUGUAUGUAUAGGUAGAGUAUGGUCGACCAGGUGAGCGUUGUACUGAAUAGGACUGUAGUUGACAGUGACUGACGUUUUGACAACCUGUGCGGUAGUCAUCUUCAGCGUCAAAGUGAGUUGUAUCACGUCCGAUCCGUUGAUGGUUAUUGACCUGGUUGGUCAAAUAAGUCGCAAUUUUGUUGGUCGUCUGUCAGUUAAGCCGUGAUGUUAUUCGCUAUGAAGGCUCUAUUUAAAAGUCAUAGUGCUGCAUCUCGAUCCGUCUAUUGUCACAGUUUAACAGUCGUGUUACUAAUGCACGAGUUAAGUAAGCCUGUACACAGACGUUGUUUUAUUUGUCUUUUCGUUCUUCACCCCUUGCGAUGCCAGUCAAUAAAUCCCCCGCGGUUUUUAUUAUUUAUCACGCGCGCUCGACGAACUUAGAAGAGAAAAUAAAGGGUCUGUGAACAGGCUACUCUUAAGUAAAGCUGUUUUAGUAUGGCUGUGCUACAUUGUUACAUGAACUAUUUGCUGAUAUACAUUAAAUUCUUCAGCCGUUUGUUAUGAAGCGCAAUACACACUAGUUAACAUCAACGUAAUUUACCGAUCAAGGUAGUGAUGUAGGUUCUUUAAUUUAGGAUAAGUUUUUCUAUGAUCAAUAACAGAAACAGCAAUGUGCAAAUCAGUAACCUGACCACCGACUGGAAGGAUGGUUUGGCAUUCAACAUUCUUCUUCACUCCUUCAAGUAAGUCAACACUGAAAAAGCUCUUGAUCUCCCUACCACCUUAUCUCCAGUCAUCAUCGAACACCAGCGAGGAAGCCGGAACGACCAAUAGAUGAUUUUAAAUUUUUUUCACAUGACAUGAGAAUUCCUUUUUAGGUCAUCCUUGUCAUAAAAGCUUUGGUCCCUUUAGAGGAAUAAUCCGCAGCUGAGGCUGUCGAAAUUAUUUCCAAUCUAAGAAUUGAGACACAGGGGUGCAUAACAAAAUCAAUGGUUAUUGAUUCAAAAUAAUUUCCAUUCCUUAAUUGCUUCAAUCUCUCGGCUGAUUCUUCGUUACCUAUAAUAUACGGUAAAGUGACGUCAUUAGUGCUAACAUCGUCCGAAAAAGAAACGUCAAGCGAGAAGCCAUGGGAUCGACGAGGUUGUUAGCUCACGCGAAUUGUGUCCAAAGUGUCCAAAUGAAAUGCAGUUUCACCAUUUUGUACGACGCUAAUCUUACAACUUGAAAGACUCCCCACCGAACACACAACUGGUAAUUAUUGUUCUACAACUCGCACGAGGUUUACUACUUGAAUCUAAUUUUAAUAGUUGAACAUGUAGUGAAUAUUGGACAGGUCUGGACACGACUGCCUCAAUCACAUAACGGUGCGCAGUUCCUGUCAUAGUUCUAGACUGGGAAUGAGCUCUAGAUCUCUUGCUCAAAAACGGUUUUUCCUUUUUCUACCUCAAAGCUUAGCGGUACUAGUAGAAUUUUACGAGUGAAAGUGCGUUAUUUUAAUUUGUUUGUUCUAUUUUUCCCAGUCCUUCUCUGUUUGAUCUUGAUACGAUCAGUUCAAAGGACGAAAUGAGUCGUCGUGCGCAUGCGAUAAACCUGGCGACUACUGAAUAUGGCGUGCCAGCUAUUUUCGACCCUGAAGGUAAGAUUGGCAAUUGAGGCAUCUUUAGUUAAAUUCCGGUUAGAAGAAGGGUUUUCCACUUAUAAUUUAUUAAGCUUUUCCACGAAAACAUAUGCACCGAAGCAAUUUUGGUUAAUCGAUCUUCAGGGGCCGUUUUACAUAAUGUAUUUUUUGGAUUUUUCUUCGUCGAGCAUUUCAAAGUUUUGAUGAGAAGGCUCUUCAAGUUUUUAAAUAGUCAGUACACAAAUACCAAUUUUAUUUAAAGAACUCUUGCAAAUUCUAUAUUAUACGUUUGUUCUUAUUUCUUUGUGCAGAUUUUGACAAGGAUACUGCCGAUAAGAAUCUUAUUACGUUGUUCCUGUCAUAUUUGUAUCAAUUUGCGGCCAAAGGGAGCUCUGUAACGAUCGUGGAAAAGGAAGUAAUAAGUCCUUUCGAAACAUCACUGAUGGCGGAGGUAACGUUAAUCCGCUUCAUUUAAAUUUCAGUGGGUAUUUAAAAAUAUUCGUAUCAAACCCAGGUCUAGUCUGUUAGUUAUUGUAUAUGUUACUUUAAAUAACUUUUACUGAUUUUCUUAAUCAAACAAAUCGGAAAACGUUAAGUAAGUCAAGCCCUGCAUUGACGCUGUACACGCUAAAAGUCCUGCGUCAAAAUUGCUAUCUGGAUCAAACUACGACAGUGUAGUUAGGUGUAGUUACUACCGUGGCAUUUUGAACUUCUAUCUUUUAUUUAUUUAUUUCUUUUUUAAUUAAGUUAAAUAACAAAGCAAAUUCACAACUACUUUUCUUCUUUCCAUGGUCAAUAUCUAAUUGUGAUUACUCUUGGGCCAGGAAUAUGGUUUCAAGACAAUCUCGACACGCCAUGAAACGUCGCGUUUAGUCAACACUACAGUUGACUUUAAAACAAUCACACAAGCUGGAGAAAAGGAUCAAGACGAUGUAUUUCACGACUUUAAACUAGGCAAAGAAUCUGGACAAAAAACACUACUCUAUCCUUCGGCUUUCCCUCAAGGCGUAAGUGUUGAGCAGGUAAGAUAAGUGAAGCACGUUACUUUAGAUUAUGUGGCCGAACGAAACACAAACGUAAUUGAGUGAAAGCUAUAUACCCAGCUUAGUUGUCUAUAAACCGCCAUUGGAACUUUUUAGCUGGCGCGUUGUAAAGAUUCUCUUUAGCAAGAUUGUGACAUGUGACCCACACACUUGUUAAAAAAAAGAAGAAGAAGAAAAAGAAAAAAAAUGGAUCACUCGAAUUACAUCCUGCAGUUUAUCAAGUGCCAAAAGGGAUCACGAGCUGAUGUACAACUUAUAUCCCUCUAGAGCAAAUCUAGAGCACCCUGGUAAAUCUAUCAUCGGGUUGGGGCGUCAUCGCUCUCUUUACAAGAACUUGUUUUCUCUCCUUUUCUCUUUCUCUUAUUCUUUAUAUACGCCCAUUUUUUUCUACUAGUGGAAACACUCAGAUAUAGUGCAACUUCUUUCAACUCUCUAGCUGCGAGCAAAACUAACAAAAAGAGAAAUGGCCAAACAAAUUACGAAUGUAGAAGUAAAAGCUUAUUGUUAUGCUGUUGGAUCCGGUGCUUUCCAUUCAUUUCAAAUAAAGCAUCAUCCUGUACUUUUUUCAUUUGCCUAUACACUUGCAAACGCGUGCGUACACUUUCACGUUACCGAUACUUUUUAAAAGACGGUCACUUCAUUUCUUUAAUAUUUUCAGAGAAGACCUUUUGUUGUGUCUCCAUUUCCAAGACAGUCAGGAGGCUCCUCCAGAGCUUCGAGCGGUGCAUCCAGCCCUAUAUCCAAAGAUUCAGACCCCAAGGUACACUGCAGUGGAAAAUUUUGCUUGACAGAAUUACUUCAGUGCACGUGGGCUCUGAGCGAGUGGACAUGCGCUUAGAGCAAGUAGAGUUGUUGUAAUUUUUUUUACUUUUCCUUCCCGCCUCGAUUAGCUACAGGCUAUUUUGCGGGCAAGGAUCAAUUAUGGCAUGUAUUCAAUGCAUUUAAUAAACGUGAACUUGAACUCUUUGCUACUCGUCUGCCGCAGUUAAUGUUACUCUUAUUUAUUGGUAGUUAAUAGAUAUUUUUGGAAGACAUCGGCAUUUGAGUAUUACUCCGUUUUUGUCAGUUAUAACAGAGAUAAACUUUUUUGCGGCCUACUUUUCUUCCAGGAACUGGAAUUGGAAAUUCACAAGUUAGCACGACCCCUUGAUACUUUAGGAGAGGGAAGUUAUAGUUACACUGUUACACAAACCAGGCGAAUUGUGACAAAUGGAAGUGACAGGAGUUCUUCAACAACUGCCUACAAGGUAUCUAUCUUUCGCUUUCAUGACCAGUUUAUUCAAAAGUGGUUUUACUUUCAAUUAUGUAUCCUUAAUUAGGCAUAUCAAAAAUAUUUUAAGACAUCAUAACGCUUAAAAAUUCCUGACCCGUGUUCCCUUUUUCAUUCUUUUAACCAAUUUCAUACCACCUCUUCCUAUGUAGGACCUAUAAGGUCUUGUAAAAACGUUUCUUAUACCUGACAAUACGUAGAUAUUUAAGUCCAAAGACAUUACCACAUGUAUCAGCGACUCUGAGACCCCUAAUACAGUAAAAACCUGCGUGUAAGAAUCUAGUGGCUUAAGAACCUGCUGCCAAAAAUAUUUGCCAUUUUAAUUCCCCAAAAUAUAAGAAACUUUUUUGCCGGGAUUUAUCUGAGUGACAGUUGAAUUAUGAUAAACGUUUCCAAGGAGAUUGACAUGAGAUUUGAAAAUUUAUAAUCAGAAAAUAGCAAAAAAUAAGAGUAUUAAGACGGAAUCCACCAGGAAAUCAAGUAAUUUUAAUUUUGAAUGGACAAAAACCUUGUAUCAGAAUAAUUUAAAGCAUAUUGCACUCUGUUUUUAACAUUUUUCAAGGGCUAAAAAUGUAAUUAGUCAUUUGUAGUAACACCAAAGAAAAUUUCUAACGGUAUCCCUAGAAAAUGAAUGUUAAAUUUCACAAGAAUGGUGAAAAGGCAGGUAAAAUUCUGAAAAUUUAAUGUGUUAAGAUAUAAUUUUGCGAAAUUUGGCAUUCAUUUUCUCAGGCACUCAUAAUAAAUUUUCUUUGGUGUUACUACAGAUGACUAAUUACAUCUGUAGCCCUUGAAAAAUGUAAAAAGGAAUGUAAUAUUCUUUAAAUUUUUCUGGUACAAGGUUUUUGUCCACUGAAAAUUAAAAUUACUCAAUUUCCUCGUGGAUUCCGCGUCUUAAUAUGAUUGUCGUUCCUACAACUAACAACAAAAAAGUUACAUAAAGCACAGAGUGCAAAUUUCCUCAUGGACCCUGCAAAAAGGAGCUUGUGCAUGUUUACAAUAUACAGUUGUGAAUAAAAUACUGUAUAUAUCAGAACCAAACCCAAUUUUUUUGUUUUAAAUCCAUCUACUUCACAUUGAGCCUCUCGCGCGCGCGAAGAGCGCGCAGCGAAGCACCAUGGGUUAGGAAACUUGGUUGUUUAAGAUCUGGGAAAUUUUGGUAGUGACUUGCUGUCAAGUGACCGUACGCCCGUCCGUCUGCACCCCAGGUACAUCAAUGUAAAAAAACUCAACCAACAGUUAUGGCAACCCAAAUGAAAAUCGAGGUUUUUUUGGCGGGAAAUCGCAUGACCAACCGCUUCUUGUGAAGCAGGGACAAUUAAAGAGUCAGUAAGACAAAACGGAAAGCGGAAAUUGUUUCUAUAUCCGUGUUGUCUAAAGUAUUAAGCUUAGAUUAAUUGUCAUAUCCUCAUAUUUGGAAUAUAGAGAAAGAGAAAGACAGAGAAAAAGAGAAACUACGCGACAGGCUAGCGAAACUCAACAAGAAGAACGGCGACAUUAAGCUAGAGCAAGCGAUAAAAAAACAAAGUAGGCGAAUUUCGUAGGAGGGGCAACAUUUACAUUUUGUAGCGGCGGUGAGAAAAUAAGAAAUACUAGCAACCAACAAGGUGAAAAAAGAACAGCACUGGAAAAAAAAAAAAAAGCAAAAAGGAAUACAAGCAACAAUUUUUUUUGUGAGCACAUACAACAAUUUUUCCAUAAAACGUGUAAUGAGGAAGUUUCACGUGGCAACAACAACGAAAAAGAAAUGUAAAAAAAGUGUGCUGCAUGUGCAAAGUUGUUUUUUUGCUAAUUAGAUUUAUUGUUUCUUUGGCCGUUCUCGUUGCCGUCGCCGUUUAGUAUUACACGAUUAUAUUUUUUGAGUAAAUUAUUAGUAUAUUAACGAGAGCAUCGCUUUUAUCCCCGGCUAAAUGUAUAUAUUAGAAAUUAAGAACCUGAAGGGGCUAAAUUGCCAAUAGCUACCCCAAAAUACAAGAACCUUUUUUGACAGGUUUUUCCACGCGGGUUUUUACUGUAGAUCUUCGGCCUAAUGUGUUUUUCCUGGAGAAUUUAGGGUUUUGUGUAAUCAAGAAGCGAUUAUGCUUUAUCAUUUCUAAGACUCAAUCUGAACUAAUGCAGCCGCUAUCCUCAACUCAUAGUUGCAACAAUGCUAACAAGUCUUCUCUUCUUAUCUACAGACACUGCAAUCCUCAGCCGCAGAUUCAAGUACAGUCAUAAAAGUAACGAACACUGACAAAGGUACCGACAUACUGAGUGGAAGAGGAAGUAAAACAGAUACCAAGGUCACAGAAAGUAGCGUGAAAGAUACAGUGAUAACUAACAAUAGAACGGACCAGUAUCCUGACGUUUUUUCAUGGGAAAAAGAAACAGGAGGAAGCAUUAGGACCACCGUUCAUGCAAGGAGAGAAACAAUGGACAAGAAAAUAAAUGAAAAGGAAAAGGAGAACGUGGGAAAAACAAUUAACGUACGUAUGAACUGUUGUAGAGAUGUACAAUCCCCGUUUAUGUCAUCUAAACAAAUUCUUUAGUCUUCCCCAAAACCUCACCUCUUUUUUGUAUUUGUUCGGAAGAAAAAUGGUCUGUCUUUUAUGUCUUCAGAGACAUUGAUAGUGAAGAGAAAAAGAAAAGUCAAAAAUUGAAAUUUUAACAAUGAUGUCUCUAUAACGAUAUGAAGUCUUUUUCAGUGUUUGUUCGAUCUUUCACGGGUUUAUCUGCAUGCUGAUUUCAGAGAGUUGUUGAGCGCGCACUAAAGAAAUAAUGGGAGGUAUACUGGUAUCAUCCGUUAGGGUGGGUUUCUACUGCCGCGUAAUUUUUACGUGCUUACGCACGCUAAUUUUACGUGCGUAAAUAAGAUGGAGACAAUGUAUUGAAGGUCUCGCGUACUCGUAAAAAUUGAACCUCGCUCAACUUUACUUUUACGCUUGGCCUUUCAUACUUGCUUUUAUUUUAUGUAAGCGCGUAAAUAAAAUAGAGACGAUGUAUGCAAGGUCACGCGUAAAAGUAAAAGUUGAACCUCACUCAACUUUCCCGUUUACGUGUGGCCUUUCAUACAUUGCCUCUAUUUCAUUUACGCUCUUAAAUUUUACUUGCCUUCGAACGGAAAAUUACGCCACAAUGGAAAUCAGCCCUUAGAAAAAACGUUCGGCCUAUCAGAAGAGCGAGUAGGAUUUCGUGAAAUAAUUGAUAACAUUAUUGAGACAAUGGAUAAACAUGAUUUCAAGCUUAUUGAAUGUCAGAGUACGCUUUUUUAUUAAAUAAAAUUAAAAGGGAAAAAUCUGCUCUUCUUGGCUCGUAAUAAGGUUACCGUAGCUACAUAGACCACCAGAUUGUUCAAAAUACGAUUGUGAUAACGAUGAGAAAUUUCAACUUCCAGGAUCCCGAAAAAAAGGUUCCAAACUUAACAUUGUCCACUACGGACACAGGAGCAGGGAGUUAUGCCUAUUCUGUAACCCAAACAAGGAAAAUCAUCACAAGCUCAGGAGAAAGGGUUCAUUCUACAACAUCUAAUAAG